UUCCUCACGCUGACAGAUGAGUUUAAGUUCACUGAAGAGUCCCUAGAAGUACAGACUAGGAUAAUGGAGGUGUGUUGGCAACCUCUUCUCCUGCUGUUCUUCACUGCAGCGGUAACCGUGAAUAUACUGGGAAGUAAUGCUGAGGUUGUGGAAGAAAACACGCUGGUAAAGAACUUGACCAACCAGCUUCUGAAAGUAAUUCCCCGUAGCAACAACACUUCCUCUGUUACCACACUGCUGUUAGAAGGGAACCUGCUCUCUCUGAAUGAGGCUGACAGAGGAGCCCUGGCUAGUUAUCCCAAACUCAAAGUACUCCGCUUGGAUGGAAACCUGGUGGGCAGUAUACCAGCCAAGUACUUCUACGUAGUACCACUACUCAGAGUGCUGUCUCUGUCCAGGAACAACAUCAGCAGCCUGGACCCAGAGGCGUUAUCCGGCCUGGAUGUUCUGACCGAGCUGGACCUGUCCCACAACCUGCUGACAAGUCUUCCUACACAGCAGAUCCAGCUGAAAAAUAUACAGGUGCUGAACCUACAGGAUAACCCCUGGAAUUGUUCCUGUCCCCUGCUGAGCGGCUUUGAAAAGUUCAAAGCAGGGGGACAACAAGUCACCUGUGCUUCUCCAGAAAAGCAGGCUGGGAGAGACCUCUGGGAGGCUGCAAGCAUGUGUUUACCAUCAACACCCCCCAUCUUCACUACAACCCUAAGCAAACCAGUCAACUCUCAACAGCCUUCUGGCUCAUCAACCAUGCUGAAAACCACACAAAGCCAGAAGCACAUCGACAAAGACCAGAAACCUGUGCUCGGCCACACAUGGAAAUUCACAGCAUGUAUCGCAGCCUUGGCACUGUGCACCUCUAUGCUCAUCGUGUGUGGCGUAAAGGGGCCUUCCUGGUACAAGCUCUUCUAUAACUACCGUCACCGGAGACUGCACCAAGAGGAGGAUGAGGACGUUGUGUCAACAGUCUUCUCAGGGAGGUACAUGAACCAUCAGACAUUCACCUUCAAGCAAGAGAAUGGGCAGCUAGAGGAGGAGGAGGCGGAGGAGGAGGAUGAGUAUUUUGAGGAUCCAUACAUCAAGAGAGAAGACUGACAGAACCAUGAAGGAGCACAGAGCAGCUGGAAAACCAGAAAUAGGGCGAGGAAGCAAUCAUCACAGAUUUGUCACUUGUGUAAUCUUGAAAACGAGGUGCUCACUGUGGGCUGUUUUAUGGUGCGAAAAAAAGAAAAUGUCCUCUAGAUAUGUAGGGUAUAUAUUGCCUUAGUUGGGUAAGCUGUAAAAACAUUUAACUCUGUGUGUUCUAAGCACGCUGUUAAUAUUUUCUAUUCUAGGAGUCACUUAAAUGUUGUCCUGGCUCUGUGGCUCCUGCUGUUAGAU